AAAGGAAUAAGAUGUUCUAUGAUGUUGUGAAGUUCGAAUUUAGCAGAACAUUCAUCUCAAAGAAAGAUAUUGACCUUUACUUUUUCCCGGUAUAUGAAAGUGGUCAUUUUUAUUUGGUAUGUUUUAACACCACCACAGAGCGUGGUACUAUAGAGGUUAUUGAUUACAAAGAUGGUUCUAAAGAAAACAAGAAAUUUCUUAAAAAUCUGAAAAGUGCAUUUUCAUAUGUCAUGGAUGGUGAAGGAACAAUACAAAGUCUUGUUUUAUCAAAACAAAUCAAGUCCAUGGAAUCUGUAGUGAUUGAUGUACCUUGGAAGUCUUCUGAUGAUACUCAUUUGCAUUGCGGUGUUGCAAUGAUGAGGCAUAUGGAAACUUAUAUGGGUAUGCAAAAGUGGAAUUCAGGUUUAAAGAAAAAUAAUGUAAGUCUUUUACAUUUCAUGCUUGUUGCAACUUAACCUAUACUUACCUGUCAAACAGUAGAAGUUUCCAUUAACCUAUCAUUCAGGCUACGUUCCUCUCAUAUGCAUGCAUUAAGCAAUUACUUAACCUAUACUUACCCUGAAUUAUUG